AACAUGAGAGUCAAAGCUGAAAUCGUUGACUGUAUUUUCACACUUUCUUUACAUUUCAGUUUGGGUUUUUUCUUCAGUUUUUCUUCUUCUCCAAUGAUUCAAGUUGAAAUUCCUCCAUUAAUGUCACCUUGAAUUCACUAGUUUCCAUCAUUUCUCACUCGUUUUCUUCUUCGAACAAUCUUUGAGGAGGAAAGAUCAAGUGAGAAGGAAUCAAAUAAGGAAUCAAGUUUCAAAGGAAGAGAUUGAUAUGAUUACGCGGCAUAAUUUGGCGGAGCAGUUGAGAGAGUACCAGAUUCGAUCUAAGAAUGAUUGGGCUUCUACUUCUUUUUUCUCGUCCAAUUCCAAUUUCACUUCUAUGGUGGAUAUCGUGGUCUUUGUAAUUUGGGAGCUCGUUAUUCUUGCGUUCCUGGUUUUCUCAGCAGUGUCUCUAUAUUUCAGGCAUGUGCGACUUGCUUUUGUUUUGUUAAGCGUCACAUUGUUGUUACUUCUUUGCAUGAAAGUAUCAAAGAAAGUACGUUUGGCACGUAAGAAGAAACGAAGGAUGCUUCUGCCAUUAUCAAUGUAAUGUCCUUUAGGCAACCAUAUCUGUAAAAAUGUGAGAUUAAUUUACAGUUUUCACACUUCAAUUUUGCGCUAACAACAUUGCCUAAGUCUUAAUCCCAACAAUGUGAUUUCAUACUCUAAUUUUGCGCUCUUAUGUAAUUAUGUUCUAUGUCAGCAUCUGCGUUCACUUAAUGGUCAGAGCAGCUAGAGAUAAUGGUGUUUUUUGUGUGAACUAGAUGGUUAGUUGAUCACUUAUAUACUCCCUCCGUCCCAUUUCAUUAGCACCUCUUUCGAAGAGGUUUAAAUAUUAAUUUAUUGUUGGUAUAUCAGGGGGGUCAAUAAAUGAGUUUAGGAGAUCAAAAGAAAGAAUGAAUUUGUGGGUGAGAUUAAAAGAAAAUUGUGGAGACCUUCACAAAAGUAGGAAAAGGUGCAAAGUGGGACAACCAAAAAUAGAAAUUAGAUGCAAAUUAAAUGGGAUAUAUCUGGGACAGUCUUAGAUCUGAAAUUUGAAAUAUUAUCUCUCAGUGAUCUCUUUAUUCAACCUAGAAGGAUGUUUGCAGUGUCCCAUAGACUAGCACUGCUCAUAUUGUGCAAAGUUAGUACUGAGUACGCUUGGUGGGUGGCUUACUGACUCGGCUCAUAGACUUUGCACUCAUGGGGAAAGGCGGUACUGAUGCGAUUCUUUACUCAUCUGCCAUAGUCCAUCCAGUACAUUUCACAAGCUACACGGGUUAGUAGUUGGAAUAUCAUGGUGUUGAAAUUCACAAACUGCGAUUAUCUGCCAAUUGAUGACAGUUUGUACUUGGACCUGUUCUGUUUCGAAGAAGUGGACCGUCGUCUUUUUAACCACAAUACACGUCUCCAAUCUCAAGGAGAGUACUGAAAUUUUAUCUUUACAUCCUCGCCUACAGUUGAGGUAAGAGGCACUGCAAUACCUUGUGAUCGACUAGCCACUUAUUUUGGCAAGAUUGGUACUGGAAAGGCCAUGGAGACUGUUUAUCAUUGUAAGAAGACCAAAUAUCUGAUCUCUACCCACGACUGAGGGCGCGAUUUCUCCUUGCUGCUUGUUUAUGAGAUUUCCAGAUUCUCAUACACAGUGAACACUGGCAUUGCUACACCUGAAACAAUCCGAUUUUGGCGUGAAAAAGUGGAUCUUCGUCUUUUCAAUCUCAAGGAGAAUACCGAAAGUUUUCCUUUACAUCCUCGCCUAGAGUUGAGGUAAGAGGCAGUGCAAUUCCUUGUGAUUGAUCUGCCACUUAUUUCGGCAGGAAUGGUAUGGAAAUGCCAUAAAAGAAGAUCAAAUAUCUUAUCUCUACCAACGAAGUCACGAUUUCUCCUUGCUGCUUGUUUAUCGGAUUUCCACAUCCUCAUUCACAAUGAAAACUGGCAUCUCGUACACCUGAUAUGAGCUGAGGCAGUGAAAGAUAACGAGCAGGAAACCUGGACGUGUAGUGACCGUGAUAUUUGUAAGAGGCUUCUAGUAUGCCCUGAUUUAUAGGUAUAAUCUAUUGACAAUACAUAACACCAAAUCAUAAAAAAUUUGUCAACGAAUUACAUAUUACUCACUUCUUUUGAUUUUGUUUGUGUGAUGUCAAAUGUAUGAGUGGACCUAGGAUGUUUUCUAGCUCUGUACAAGCGGAAGUUAGAAAAAAAAAAGAAGGAAGUUUCUAAAUAAUUUUAAACUCAACUUUUCCAUUUUCUUCAUCUAUAAUAUGAGUGUCAAUUAAUAGCCGAGAAAAAAAUUAUUUAGUUUACUAGUUUUGUAUUUUUGUAGUCAUGCAAUUUUAUUAUAAAAGUAAAUUAUUUUUUGCAAAGAUUUCAUUAGUUAGUGAAAUAGUCGCAUCACUUUUUUUUUAAAAGAAAAAUGUCGAAUUUAAUAGUGAUUCAA